GAAGAAGAUGCUGAUACUUAGGCUAAUCGUGGUGUCGAGCCUCUGCUGGAUGGCCAGGUGCGAUUUAUUGGACCUGUACGUCCAGCACAUGGACGAGACCAUGAAAACCCUGGCUUACAGGAACAGGCAUCAUCCAAAAGACAUUACGUCCAGGAUAAAGAGAAGCCUUCGAGAGGAACCGCUUCUCAGAGUCGGUACGUUCAAGAAGCAACGAUUGGACGUUGACAAAGAGUGGUACGCGCAAUGGAAAGCAAAGAGGAAGAUCCCUUACAAAGAAGACGGUCUAGACUUUCCGAAUUCGAGGGAAGAGAACCUGGACCCGAGUCAGCACGAACUGGUGAACAACGCGAGUGGGAUUCUCGGCAAAGUGUCCGAGGAAACGACCAUCGCGUUGGUGGAGACGAACGAAACCGUGGACGCGUUCGACAUCGAACUUUCCAACGAGGAUUCAACGUGGUUCAACGAUACGGCAUCGUCUGACAGGCAGUCGAUCGAAAUAAACGGGGACCCGAGGAUCGAAUCUCGAGAAGAGACUACUCAGACGACAGAUCUGCACGACGACGUCGAAAUCGAGGGCAACUCUCAGUUCGAAAUCAUCAGCGAGACCGGUACCGCUGGUCCGAGUCUCUUCGACGAUCCCAUCUUGAAAAGAAUCCCAAAAUCGCGUGACCGAGUUCCUAAGAAAUAUAUCCCACCGACGGAUAAACUAGCGAAGCUUUUUCGCGGAUACAAAUACGUCGAUUACGAGGAGACCGUAGACAACAGACCCAGAAGAAGCGUGAAGGAACCAAAGUUCACCAGACACGAGAAGCUGGACGACGAUGGCGAGGUUAUCCUCGAGUGGGAUCCAUCUGACGACGAGAUGGUCACUUUCAAGGUCACCGCGAAGACCUUGGGAUACAUUGGCAUCGGGUUCAACGAGAAAAACCACAUGAAGGGGGCUGAUAUUCUGCUGGCCUGGGUGGACGAUCACACGAGAACCGCCAAUCUGCUGGAUUCGCACGGGAUCGAGGAUCCAGAGGCGGCCCUGGUCACGGACACGUCCCAAGAUGUCAAGGUACUGGGUGGUUCGCAAAACAAGACCCACACGAACGUGAUCUUCUCGCGAAACUGGCAGACCUGCGAUCCUCAGGAUCAUCGACUUACGGGAGACACGAUUCGCGUCCUCUGGGCACUGCAUUCGAGCGAUCCUGAAUUGAACACUGCGAUUUGGCCCGGUGACAAGCACGGUGGCAGAGCGUUGAGAUUAAAGACUCCUGCUCCUCACGCACCCCCUCGAUACACCCAGGACAUCAAGCACUGGGACGUAAAAUUGAACCAACCCCCGGUUUCAGACAACGUGGAUACCACCUAUUGGUGCAAGAUCUUCAAGGCCCCUCAUAAGGAGAAGCACCACAUGAUCGGGUACACGCCACUCGUGGAAAAGGAGAACGAGGAUUUGGUACAUCACAUAAUACUCUACGAAUGCGCCUCGACCUUGCCGAUUUUGGGACAGCACGCGAGAAUCGUUGGAGCACCCUGUUACAGUCCCACGAUGCCCCGAGAGUGGGAAUCUUGUUUGCAACCAGUGUUAGCUUGGGCCCGUGGAAGCACAGGCGAAUGGCUUCCGGAACACGACGGCAUUCCCAUUGCGGAACAUCCUGAAGGUUCUUAUUACAUGCUAGAAGUGCACUAUAAUAACCCGAGCAUGAAGAAAGUGGUAGAUAGCAGUGGAGUACGCCUUCAUUUAACUCCGAAACUUCGUCCCGAGGAAGCUGGAAUUCUCGUCGCCGGUGUAGCUGUGAGUCCUCUUCACCUAAUUCCACCGAAACAAAAGGAAUAUGCCACUGCGGGAUACUGUACUCCUCAUUGUACGAACACGAUGUUCCCUGAAGGUGGUGUGAACAUCGUUUCGGUGGUGUUGCAUUCGCACUUGGCCGGCCGUCGACUGAGUCUGAAACACAUUCGACAGGGCAAAGAAUUGCCCAGAAUAGUCCAAGACAACCACUUCGACUUCGAGUACCAACAGUCUCACACUCUCGAGAAGGAAGUGAAGGUGCUUCCGGGAGACGAGUUGGUGGCUGAAUGCGUUUAUGGCACUUUGGACAGGACGAAACCUACCCUGGGUGGAUAUGCCGCCUCUCAGGAAAUGUGUCUGGCUUUCGUCGUGCACUAUCCCAGAACACCACUUGCAGCCUGUUAUAGCAUGACACCGGUGAAGCAUCUCUUCAAGACUCUUGGCGUACACAGCUUCAAAGGUGUCACUAUGGAUCAUUUGGAGAAACUCUUUUUAACCACUAGGACAGAUGCUGUAACCAUACCCACUGGUCAGCAACAGCUCCCCAUAUAUCCUGCUACGAGGCUAAGCGAAGAUGUCGACGAGGAACUCAUAAGGGAGGCCAAAUCUGCGUUGAGGGCCAUGAGAGAUUACACGGUAGAACACGAUAACGAUAACGUUUUCUCUCGAUUGAUCAUCGAAGAACCUGAAGAAUUUAAAGGUCGAACUUUGGCAGAACACAUGUUGGCACUGCCCUGGACCGAGGAACUUCUUGCCAGAUCCAUUGAGCAGAGUUUGUACCACGGUAGACAUAUGACUUUCUGCAGAAAGAGGGACGACAAGCUCGCCCUGCCAGCAGAUAUUCAGUCAUUCCCAAACUACACAGCACUGCCAGAAACGAAUGAAACGACGUGCAGCGAAAUGGCAACACUAUCCGGUGCAUGGAGGAGCUCUAGCUUCAGCAUCGUCACGUUCCUUACAAUUACGAUCACGACGAUCGUCAUUUCCUAAAAGCAAAAGUCAACUCACUGAUUGUAUAAUAAUGAUCAAAUGUAUCCGUCUAACUCGUCUCGCUUAUGAAUUGGGACUGUUCGAAACAGACUAAAAGUGAGCGAAAUCGAAAUAACUCGUGGACGAUUUCUUCCCAGCAGACGGGAGACGGCAAAAUUUUCGAAAAAUUU